AUGGGCUCUUCAGGGAACCAAAAUCCUUGGGCACCAUAUGACAAUUACAAAGAUUGUUCUCAAGGAAUUUGCAGCAUCUACUGUCCACAAUGGUGCUACAUCCUUGGCCCUCCUCCCCCUCCUUUUGAUUUUGCAGAAGCUGAUGACAGCAAAGACUCUGCUACAGAUUUCUCUCCUCUCAUUAUAGCAGUGAUUGGCAUCUUUGCAAGUGCUUUCAUUUUAGUCACUUACUACACCAUCAUAUCAAAAUAUUGCCGGCGAAGAGAUAACGAUGGCGGUCGAGACAUUGACAUGGAGAAUUCGAAUCCAAACCAAAUUAGUGAAUCAUGGCAAGGCUCAACAACUGGCCUUGAUGAGUCCCUGAUCAAGUCAAUCAAAGUUCACAAGUAUAAGAGAGGUGACAGCCUUGUAGAAGGCACUGACUGCUCUGUUUGCCUAAGUGAGUUUGAAGAAAAUGAGAGCCUGAGGUUAUUGCCAAAGUGCAGCCAUGCUUUCCAUGUUCCUUGCAUUGAUACUUGGCUCAAAUCUCACUCUAGUUGCCCGCUGUGCCGGUCGAAUAUUGCUGCUCCUGCCAUAGCUUUGGUGCCUCAUCAUCAUCAACAAGUGCUGUCUCCAGUUCAAGAGAAUCCACAGCUGGAACAAAAUGUGACUGCUUCAGAAUACCAGCACAGAAGCCAUGCAAGUGUUUUGGUUGUCCAAGAUUUGGAAGAGGUUGUAAGUCUUGCAAAUGAUCAUGUUGUUCCGAAGACCACAACUCAAGAUAUUGUUAGAGAAAGGGCUCACUUGGAGAAUACAGUGAACAGUUGUGAGAUUGGACAAGAUGGGAUCCAGCAAUUGAGGAGAUCAGCUUCUUUGAAUUGUGUUUCCAUUGCUGAUGUGUUGCAUUUACAUGACAGUGAAGAUGAUGAGGACUUGGAGAACCAGAUGGAAAAUGUCCAAUUUUCCAUGGGAAUUGGAUCCUCAAAUAGAGUAGCUGAGGAACAGAAUUCCAAAUCCGACAACCAUAGAAGUGGAGUUUUCAGCUUGGUGAAGGGUCCUCUUGUGUUGAAGAGAUCAACUUCAACAGGGAGAUUUGUGCUCACAAGGUAUGGAAAGGAAAAGAAUUCUAUCUCCUAA